AUGGCGGAAGUCCACAGACGUCAGCAUGCACGGGUUAAAGGAGAAGCCCCCGCGCCAGCCUCCACACACCGACAUGCGGAGGCGCUGGGCAUGGCGCCGGCCGAAACGCUGACGGUGUUCCUGAAGCUGCUGGCCGCCGGCUUCUACGGCGUGAGCUCUUUCCUCAUCGUGGUGGUCAACAAGAGCGUGCUCACCAGCUACCGAUUUCCCUCCUCACUAUGUGUUGGACUUGGCCAGAUGGUGGCUACAGUGGCAGUUCUCUGGGUGGGAAAGGCGCUCAGAGUAGUCAAGUUUCCUGACUUUGACAGUAAUGUACCUCGAAAGACGUUUCCACUACCUCUACUAUAUUUUGGGAACCAAAUCACGGGACUGUUCAGCACAAAGAAACUGAACUUGCCAAUGUUUACAGUUCUGAGGAGGUUCUCCAUCCUGUUUACAAUGAUUGCUGAAGCAGUGUUACUAAAGAAGACCUUUUCUUGGAGUAUUAAGAUGACUGUAUUUGCAAUGAUUAUUGGAGCCUUUGUAGCUGCCAGCUCUGACUUGGCAUUUGAUCUGGAAGGAUAUGUUUUUAUUCUGAUCAACGAUGUCCUGACAGCAGCAAAUGGCGCAUACGUAAAACAAAAAUUAGAUUCAAAGGAGCUGGGAAAAUAUGGCCUGCUCUAUUACAAUGCACUGUUCAUGAUUCUGCCCACCCUGGCCAUUGCAUAUCUUACAGGAGAUGCACAAAAGGCAAUGGAUUUUGAAGGCUGGGCGGACACCCUUUUUCUUCUGCAGUUCACCCUCUCUUGUGUGAUGGGGUUUAUCUUGAUGUACGCCACAGUCCUCUGCACUCAGUAUAACUCCGCUCUUACAACUACAAUAGUUGGCUGUAUUAAGAAUAUAUUAAUAACUUAUAUUGGAAUGGUCUUUGGUGGAGAUUAUAUUUUCACAUGGACAAACUUCAUUGGCUUAAAUAUCAGUAUUGCUGGGAGCCUGGUGUAUUCCUACAUCACUUUCUCUGAAGAGCAGCUGAGCAAACAGUCGGAGGCCAGUAGCAAGCUGGACAUCAAGGGGAAAGGAGCGGUAUGA